CCUCCGGCGCCGUCCGGUAACUCACGGGGGGCCGGCGGGACUGUGCUGUUGCCGGUCGCUGCCUGCUCGUUGCGGGGCUGGAGCCUCGGCGCGAUCCGGACCGCCGAGGGCCGCGGCUGCUGCUCCUCCCGCUCCCGGCGGCGGAGCCCUCCUCAGGGAGGCGGCCGGCGGGUUCGCUGGGGGCAGCUCCGAGCCCGAUGCUGCUGCCGGCCUGGGAAAUGCGCCUCUACGGGCUCCUCGCCGUGGGCUCGCACCUCUACGCGUUCUACGAGGCGCACCAAGUGUCCCGAAAGUAUGAAGCUGCGAUGGACAGAAAGUUUGGGCUGGAACCAGGGACUCUCUUUCGGGGCCUCAAAAAGGACCCCAUGGACUUUGAGUGGAGCUACUGGAUCGAAUGGGGAAGGGAACGUAUACUGUGGCUUCUGGCUGGUCACCUGCUGGUAUCACAAGUGUCCAGGCUCUUGGCGGAGAAGUAUAAACCAUGGUGCUUGAUGGUUUAUGGAAUGGCUGCCUGCUGGUUGUUGCUGGGAAUCAAGGGCUUUGCUGUCAUUUUGUUACAUGCAACGAUUUCGUUUGCUGUGGCUCAGUUUCAGCUGUCGCUCCUGACGUGGUUGUGCUCCCUUACUCUGCUAUUCACCUUACGCAUACCAGCUGUGGAAGAAGCCAAGAGGAAGUGGUACGACACCGAGAAUGAGUAUUACCUGCUGCUCUUCACCGUGUCUGUCCGCUGCCUCUUCUGCACUAGCUUCAGCCUGGAGUACUGCUGGCACGGACCUGCCCAGAAGUCAUCCCACUCGUUCCUCUGGAUGCUGGCAUAUGUCUUUUAUUAUCCCACCUUCCACAACGGACCCCUUAUGAAUUUUGAUGAGUUCAGUAAGCAGAUGAGGAGCCAAGAAGCCUUCAGUUUGAAGACCAAUCUUAGGAUCUUGAUGGUGGGCAUAAUGCGUAUUUUCUUCUGGUGGUGCCUGGCUGAGCUGAUGAUUCACCUCAUGUAUAUCCAUGCGCUAUACAGCAGUGCUCCUCCUUUGGAAGCUGCAUCGUACUGGGCCUUGGGUGGCCUGGCUUUAGCUCAAGUACUGUUUUUUUAUGUGAAGUACCUGGUUCUAUACGGUGUUCCUGCCCUCCUCCUUCAAAUGGAUGGACUCAAACCUCCAGCUCUGCCUUGCUGUGUGAGCCUGAUGCACAGUUUCACUAAAAUGUGGAGAAGUUUCGACGUUGGGCUCCAUCGCUUUCUGGUCAGGUACAUUUAUGUUCCAAUGGGAGGAUCUCAGUCCAGUCUGCUGGGAACACUCUUCUCCACCGCCCUCACUUUUGCCUUUGUAAGCUAUUGGCACGGAGGGCAGAGCUACCUGUGGUACUGGGGAGCAUUGAACUGGCUCGGAGUAAUUGUGGAAAGUGGCAUCAGGAAGAUACUUUCUAUUUCACCUGUUCAAGAUUUAAUUGAGCGUUUCUUCUCGCCAAGAAUUCACCGUCGACUUCACGCUGUCCUCGCAUCUGUUAGUACUUCAAUGCUGAUUUUAUCAAAUCUAAUAUUUCUUGGAGGAAAUCACGUUGGAAAAAUCUACUGGAACAGGAUCUUUAUGGAAGGCUGGCCAUGGGCGACGCUGACUGUCCUCGGGUUCCUGUACUGCUACGCUCAUGUUGGAAUUGAAUGGGAGCAAACGCACGCUGUGAGUUAGGAAUGACACAAACCAGGGAUUUUUAAGACAGGUUGAUGGCUUUUCUGCACUGCAGAAAGAUGUGCCAGGCCAAGUCUUUGGUCAAUGUGUUAAACACAAAAGCUCAUUUAAUUGAUUCUGGAUUGUGAAUGCAGGAAUUGAACCAGAAACACGGAUGGGCUGUGGCCGGGCUGGGGAGGCAUUGUGGAGCAUUUUGAAUGAUUUUGAUAAAACAGCAUCUCUGUGACUCUGUACAUAGGCAGCAGCAGCUCCGAAUGGGGAUUUUAUAUAUGCUGAAGAUUGGUUUUAUUUUUUCCAAUGUUUUGCUGCCUAUUUUAAGAUAGUGAGGAAAAACUUUUCCCUACCUUGCAGCAUUCAAAAAGCCCAGUCUCCCACAGCCUCUGUCCAGGAGCACACAGGGCUGUGCCCUGCACUUGCGCUACUCCCCAAAGGCCAUGAUGCUCAUCAGUUCUUCUUGAUUGCUUUCUGAUAUAAGCUAGAACAUUUGUCAUUAUCACUGACUGCAGCACUUCAGCCUUAAGCUACUUUUGUACCUACUGUAGCAAAGUCUGCUUUUUGUCUUUAAUGUCUUCAUGUAAAAUGUCGCCUUUAAAACAACCCCCUUUUUUUGGUAGUCUUAGGAAUGGUUUCUUUCAAAAGAGCGAGUAUGAAGACCUUCAGACUUUCUAAAGUUAGACAUUCCCCCUAGGCCUGGCGAGAGGCCACCAGUCCUGGAGAGAGCUUCUUCCAAGAGCAGCUUCCUGCCCCCAGAGCAGAAGGACUCCUGUAAAACCUGUUCCAUGCUCCCCGACUUCCAUUUCAGCCUGUUGGGGGGCACAGUUAGAAUCCUGUCCAUCACUCCUGCAGCUUCAGCCAAGUCUGAAAUGGCUUAUCCCUUCAACAAGGAGUUCAGUCCGUGAGAUAAUAGGCUUCAUCUUGGUGCCUGCAUUUCUGAUGUCUCUGCUGCUCAAAACUAUGGCAGCCGCCUUUUCCCUCCCAUCAUUUUUUCCUGAAGAAACAAGGGCAGAGGCUUCAGCUCUCUACCUGUCUGGAGAUGAAGCCCAUCUCUUGCUGUUUCAAAGCAGAAGCUCCAGCCCUUUAAGUUUAGGGAAAGAUUUUUCACCCAAGAGAAUGCCAUCAUCUCCCCUGGAAGUCAUUUCUAGGAGAUACUAUGGACUGUUGAAAAUAAGACUCCCCUUGAAUGCUUCCUGGCCAGAGACAUGGCCCUCCUGAUUGAUUUAUAAUGAUUGCACGGCUCCUCUCAGCCACAAAGAAGUAUAUUGCUCUCAGCCUCUGAAUUUACUAAAAGGAUCAGAGCCUGGCCUCGAUGUUGGAGUAGAAUUGAGCUCAGGGCAAGAAGUUUCUCAAACUUAACUCAAACAUUGUAAUUCAGUUGGAUUAACAUUGGAGUGAAAAGUCAUGAGUCUGCUCUUCAGUCUUAUCGAUUACUGUUAUGAUGUGAAACAAGGGGCUGCUCUAAGUGAUCAGAUUCCAAUUUGUAUGCAGGCAAAACUUCCCACUCCAAUAUGGAAAUGACCUUGAAGGUCAUCCAGUGUAUGCUUAUUUCUGACCUAAAAUUGAUUUAUAUUUUUUUUAGUGCUUUAUACAGCUUUAAUAAUUUUAUAUCCUUUUCUGUUUCUAUAAAUAAAGCUGGAACUGACUUUUGGCUUUA